GCGCUGGGACUUUUAAUCCUGCCCAGACCUCAGCCACACCCCUCACCCUCUCCACGCUCCACGGCCUCACACGAAGGUCGCACGCGGAAGGUGCAGGUGGGGCCUGGCUUCUCGCCCUGCUUGGCCGGCGCUGGACGGAGAGGUGCUCCCGCCAAGUUACCUGCACCGGUCCGGGACACCGGCGGUUCCGCGCGGAGGACUGCGCGACUCGCGCCCCCCGCCGAGCCGGGCACGAGGGAGGGCGGCUCCGGACAGUGGCCUUUCCUCCCGGGGGAACCUGCCGAGGGCGGCCCCGCGCUCCUUCCUGUCCCACCCACCGCGGCCCGGGCUCGGCGGCCGCUCGGCGCGGGGUCCCGGGCGCGGCCUGGGCGAGCGAAUCUCGGCCGCUCCCACCACUGCGAGUUCAAAAGGACUCGCGGCGCCCGGCCCUGCCCCGUCGCCGGUCAGACUGGAAAGAACUGGCCUUGCUAGAUACUCUGCCCUCGGCAGCGAUGAGCAGCCUACCGGCUACACCUUCUCCUGGAGAACUGAUGACCACGCCAGUUCUUCAGGCCCAUGAGACCCUGUCCCCACAAGCUGAAGAGGCCAGCACAGCGCUCAUUGCAGUCGUGAUCACUGUGGUGUUCCUCACCCUGCUUUCGGUGGUGACCUUGAUCUUCUUUUACCUGUACAAGAACAAAGGCAGCUACGUCACCUACGAGCCCGCAGAAGGCGAGCCCAGCACCAUCCUCCAGAUGGAGAGUGACUCAGCCAAGGGCAGAGAGAAGGAAGAGUACUUCAUCUAAUGAUCCCCAGACUGGAGGGGCCAAGUCCUGGCUCCAGUGCUAACACACUGACUCUAUAAUUAGGGAAUGUUUGCUCUGAAGCCAGUGAGUGGCAUUGAAUGAGAUGGCAAAUCCACUCACCUCCCAGGACACAGUCUCCAAUAACAUCAUCACUGACUCCAUGGUCCAGGGACACGGAGAAAGCUGCUUAUGACACCUAUAUAGUCAGGCCUUGGUAAGGACAGUGCUCACAACUGGCCAACAACAUGGGGCCAUGCCUGAGUUGGAAGUGGGAGAUGUGGAAGGUGGCCACGGGCUGGUCCACUUUAUCCCCUCCCUACUUGCCUAGUCCUAGUGUAGCUUCUUGGAGGAUCAGGCCAGGAGGGACAGGCCUCCGAGUGUUACUUCCUUUGAUCCGAAUCUUACCAUUUCCCCCAUCAGCCUCAAAUUUACACUGUUUUUAUCCAGAUUAAAUUUAUUAUGAAAGUCA